AUGCCUACGGAUAUCUUCGGGAACGGUUGGGAUAUCGAGAUGAACAAGACCGUCUUUGUCAAGCCUUCGCGAGACAUCAUGGAGCGCUUCGGUGGAAGACCAGCCGAAGCAGCAGUCCAAUUGUGGCAGUUAGUACGCGGUAAAGGGAAGGAAAACGCGGAAGACGUCGCAACCUUCGAAGAAACUGUGAGGGACUGGGUGCACAAUUAG